GAUUGGGUGCGGGCUAGCGGCCGAGACGCCAUGCCGUGCCGUGCCGUGCCGGGUUGCCUGUUGGCUGGCGGCGCAUUCCUGGUCUAACCUACUCCACCUUCUCCAGGAGCGAGGUGGCAAUCCUAAUGCAGUAGUAUUCGGGCAACGAGGUCCCUUAGGAUUUCUAGACUCCCGCAUUGUACCGGUGUGACAUAAGACCUCAAAAUUCUCGUAUCACCCUUGCGCGAAUUAGGAUUUUAUAAAUCUCUUCGUUGCAGGGUACGACUUAGGGUCAUCUCGUUGUCGGGAUUUAGGAUUUACAGACAUCAGUAUCACUCCGGUGUGAUUUAGGACUUUUAGACCUGAUCGUCAUUGUGGUAUGACUUAGGAUUUGUAGACGUGGUAUUGCCCUUGUGCAAUUUAGGAUUUUUGAUCCUUGCUGUUGCCAUGGCGCAAUUUAGGAUUUCAAGACCCCAAGUAUCUCCAUCAGGCGAUUCAGAAUUUCUAUACUUUGGCAUCUGCCCGGGUGCUAUUAUAUAGGAUUUUUGGAUUCCGGCAUUGCAGUGGAGGGAUUUAGGAUUAAGACUGAUAUCUCCAUGGCCGUGGCUCCAUUUAAGAUUUGUAGACCCUGGUGUCACCCAGAUGGGAUAUAGGACUUUUAGAUCCUCUCAGUGAGGCGCUUUAGGCUUUAAGACGCUGGUAUCUCAUGGGGUAAUCACGGUGGCGCAAUUUAGGAUUUCCAGACCUCUGUAGCACAUCACCGUACUGCCAUUUGGUAUUUCAAGACUCUUAACGCCGGGCGCGGUUGACGAUUUCUAGACUGCAACUCGGGCUUGGCUCGAUGUAGGAUUUCCAGACCCUGGUGUCGCACCGGCGUGAGCUACAUCGUGCGAUGAACUUGCAGUGCUGUUACCGUGGUCACCAGCGCAGAGCCUCCCCUGCUGUUUGCUGCUCUGGAGGUCCCUCCCUGGCUCUCUGCUGAGUCACUGCAGAGAUCCAGCUGCAGGAACCUAUGAAUGAAUGGGACCUGAAGCAUGGGGCGAGCAGUAAUGAAAUGCGAACGUGGAAGUGUGAAUUGUAGGAAGAGGGCGCUGAGAAAAGAUCAUCGAAGCUUAAUGCUUUUGUCAUCCUACCUUUCAAGGAGGAUGAGGGAGUGGUGGGUCCAGGUGGGGCUGCUGGCGGUGCCACUGCUGGCCGCGUACCUGCAUAUCCCGCCCCCUCAGCUUUCUCCUGCUCUUCACUCCUGGAAGUCUUCAGGCAAAUUUUUUACCUACAAGGGACUGCGCAUCUUCUACCAAGAUUCCGUGGGUGUGGUUGGAAGCCCGGAGAUCGUUGUGCUUUUACAUGGCUUCCCAACAUCCAGCUAUGACUGGUAUAAGAUUUGGGAAGGCCUGACCCUGAGGUUUCAUCGAGUAGUUGCCCUUGAUUUCUUAGGUUUUGGCUUCAGUGAUAAACCGAGACCACAUCACUAUUCCAUAUUUGAGCAGGCCAGCAUCGUGGAGGCACUUUUGCGGCAUCUGGGGCUCCAAAACCGCAGAAUCAACCUCCUGUCUCAUGAUUAUGGAGAUAUUGUUGCUCAGGAGCUGCUCUAUAGGUACAAGCAGAACCGUUCUGGUCGGCUUACCAUAAAGAGUCUCUGUUUGUCAAAUGGAGGUAUCUUUCCUGAGACUCACCGUCCUCUCCUUCUCCAAAAGCUACUCAAAGAUGGAGGUGUGCUGUCACCCAUCCUCACUCGGUUGAUGAACUUCUUUGUAUUCUCCCGAGGUCUCACCCCAGUCUUUGGGCCGUACACUCGACCCUCUGAGAGUGAGCUGUGGGACAUGUGGGCAGGGAUCCGCAACAAUGAUGGGAACUUAGUCAUCGACAGUCUCUUACAGUACAUCAAUCAAAGGAAGAAAUUCAGAAGACGCUGGGUGGGAGCUCUUGCCUCUGUAACUAUUCCCAUUCAUUUUAUCUAUGGGCCACUGGAUCCUGUAAAUCCUUAUCCAGAAUUUUUGGAGCUGUACAGGAAAACGCUGCCGCGGUCCACAGUGUCGAUUCUGGAUGACCACAUUAGCCACUAUCCACAGCUAGAGGAUCCCAUGGGCUUCUUGAAUGCAUAUAUGGGCUUCAUCAACUCCUUCUGAGCUGGAGAGUAGCUCCCCUGUGUUACCUCCCCUACUCCCUUAUCUGUUGUGUAUUCCACUUAGGGAGAAAUGCCCAAAGAGGUCCUGGCCAUCAAACACUAUUCUCUCACAAAAGUCCACUUUCCUCACAUUGGUGACCAGUAUAAAGGAAAAAGCAGCAGGAGCUCCAGUUCUAAGGGUUGACAUAAUAGCCCACCUCCCAUGUGAUACCUGAUCGAGUGUAUGGACUUGCGUCUGUCUUUGUGUUAUUAGGAAAUUCUAUGGCUCACCACUGCAGAGAGACAGAAGUUCUUUGCAUAAAAGAUUUUUUUAACACUUCUGUGGACUUUUCUGAAAUACUUAGAAGUGCUUAUUUCUGGCCAAGCCCCAACUGGAAUCCUACAGUAAAGAACGAGGAAGGAGGGCCUCCUAACCUCAUUUUGAAUGGCUUUAAGGGCACAUGCUUUUUUAAAGUUCUCUAAGUAACAUGGCUUCAAGUGAAAAUGAGUCUCCCUUAUAAUUUUGGAUUUAGUUUGAUCAGCUGCUUUUAAUUAUAGACAUCUUAUUAAAAUAGGUAUUGGUUUAAGUGAGGUAAUAUUCUAAGUAUGUUUAGAGGUUAAGACUGUGAUUUACCUACACGUUACAUAUAUUUUGUAGAUUAUUAAACCAGCAGACCCUUACUCUGUCAGAGUAGUGAACCUUACUAAAAAUGUUUAAUUUCUGAAUAAAAUCCAAACAACAGAAUUUCCUAAAAUCACUGGACAUUAAGGACCAAUUGCAUUCUGUGCCAGAGACUUCCUGUUAUUAGCUGGAAAGACCAGUUCUGACAGCAAAUAGCAGUCCGACUCCUCAUACCUCAGUGCAUAGAAGCAUGUCCCUCCUGAGCUAGAGCGGAGGGGAGGGGAUUGUGGUGCAGUCCUCAUCACCAUGCUGAAUGUACAUUGAUUCUUUUCACGACGAUUGCUUAACUUCCCAUUGGCUGUCCCAGAGAGACUGUCUCAUGUAGCUCAGCAGUUCCUGUACUUUAUAGACAGGAAGGUUCCAGAAAU